GUAAACAGAAACGGACGGAAAAUGCAAAGUACGUUGCCUAAACAGCUCCCAGCAGAGUGUAAACAGAUACGCACAAUUUUUGUAGACUUCUCCGAUUUUCCCAGCAAAAAAGGGGGAGUUGGAAAAUAUUAGUGUCUCGUCUCGUCGGGGACAGAUAGUGGUUCAAUACUACUAAAGACUAGAUAAAUUUGUUGAGAAAUGUGUUAUUUAAAAAUAAUUAUAUAUUAAAAUUUCUCAAAGCAGAAAUAUUGUAAUCAUCGAAAGUGAAGCAAAUAUUACAGUAAGCCGAAGUACAGAGUGAAAAGCAACAACCUCGAAGUUUACAAGUGAGGGAUGUGACACGAGAAAAGCUUGAGUGUUAAUGCAAAUAACCUUCCAGGAAAAUCUAAUGAAUCGUUGAAAAAUAAUCAGUGCUAAGUAAACAAUUUUUACUUUCGUCCUGUAGAAGAGAAAAAAAUUCGUUCCCUACCGGAAGUAGCAUUCAGUGAGAAAGAGAAAGAAAACACGAAUAUAAAACACAAGUCCGUGCCAAGCGACCGAAAAAAGGGGAAGGUACCCUCGAGAUGAAUAAAAAUAUAAUCUAAUGUCAAUGGACUUGAAAAUCAAAUAAUUUACGUUUAUAUUUACGAAUGUGGUGCUGUCGUAUUCUAAUUGCCCCGAUCGGGUUCAUCCAAACCAAACAUACGACACAACAGCAAAAAUAUAUUGCAGAAGUGAAGCCCCGCGCGUGUGAGUGAAUUGUGAAUAGCUGCAAACGCGAGUGUUGAUAAGUGUUUAAAUAAAGAUUUCCCCUGGUGCACACACGUUUCCUUUCGUCUCUAGCGAGUGAUCAGAGUAUCAGAAGAAGCAGAAGAAGAAAGAAUAAAUAGAUCAGCCGUGCAGCGAUAAUAUUCGAAGCAUUCGCCAAAACACGCAUAUUUUGAAAACAAUCCUGUGAUCGUGAACAAAUGAGUGACGUUGGGUCGUAGACAAAAAUAAUCAUCAACAACAACAACAUAAAUACACAGCAGAGGUGGGCAACGUGAACGAACCAUCCGAAACAGCGUGUUGUCGGGUUGCGAACUAGUCCGGUGUGAAAAAUAAUGGUUCCCCAGCUCAACCACGACCUGCAACUGAUUGUUUCCCAAAACGAGAUGAUGGAUACCGGUGCGGUGCAGGUGCAGGUGCAGAUCACCAGCAGCCACCAGCAGCUGCUGGACCAGUCGUCGUCGCCGUCGUCGACGUUGGCGUCCGGUUUCCAACAGCAGUCCGUAGUGAACGACCAACUGAUGGUUCAACAGCUACAGCAACAGAUGAUCACUCCGGUCCUGUUCGGGUCCCAAAUGGUGGACAAGAAUUCCAGCACGCCUUACACCGAUGCGACACAGACGAAAAAGCACAGCCCCGGUCACAUCAAACGUCCGAUGAACCCGUUUAUGGUGUGGAGCCAAAUCGAACGGCGCAAGAUUUGUGAGGUGACGCCGGAUAUGCACAAUGCGGUCAUCUCCAAGAAUCUGGGAGCUCGCUGGAAGGCGCUGAGCGAUACCGAACGCCAGCCAUUCAUCGAUGAAGCGGAACGGCUACGGAAGCUGCACACCCAGGAGUACCCUAACUACAAGUACCGUCCAAAGAAGAAGCAGGUCAAGGGAUCCGGUGGUAGCGGAGGCAAAAGUAGCUCUGCCCCAUCAUCAUCUGCUUCCUCGUCACCUGCCUCGUCCACUUCUUCGCGGGAUAGCUGUUCGUCGGUUUCUUCGGCGACCGGUAAGUCCAAGUCCAGUCGGCGUAGCGGAAAAGUCAGUAAAAACGAUAGCAACAAUAACAGCAACAACAACAACAGUGGCAGCAGUAACGGAACCAAUCUAAAAUCCAAGAAGGCAGUGAUUCAAGCGGAACUGCGUGAUAACAAUGGAAACUUUGAGGAACUGUACUAUCAUCCACAGACGAUGCUGGGUGUUGGUGGGGAAUCUCCGAAUUCACCGGAAGGAGCUGCGCUGUAUGAUGACAAUUCAAUGAUCUCACCGGAGCCGCCGUUCGCCAACUCGGUGUUCGAAUCGGACAACAAUCUGUUCGCAACCAAUCUGGACGGGUUCACGGGGGACGAAUGCAGUCGUGGGUACGUUCAGCAGACCUUAUUCGACCCAGAGGAAGAUAAUAAGGCCUUCAUUCUGAACAACAACGACGACUCGAAGAGCUACCUGUACACGAACGGGACAAUGAGUAGUCAGGAUCAGAAUGGUGGCGCCGGUAGCAACGGAGUCGAUAUCAAACGGGAAAUGUAUUUCGAGGAAGAUGAUCGGUUCAGCAUGGACGAUCCGUGUCUGACCGAAGCUAACAUUCACCGAAUGGAGGUGGUACUGAACGGUCAUCGGGAUCAGGUGAACGGUCAGGGGCACAGUCCGAGCCCAGUGAGCUUGAACUACAUCAACGACCUAAGCGCCUACAACGGACUGUUCACUGUGAAUAGUGCGGCCAACGUUAACACCUCCGGAAACACGCUAGCGAGCUUCAGCGAACUGUCGAGCAGUUGUCAGAACGCGCUGCUGCUUUCCCACCACAUCAACGCUAACCAGCUGAAUGCGCUCAACUCGUUCACCACCCAGCUGGCCAACAACCGGCCCAACCCAACGCUCAACAGCAUUUCGUCCAACUGCCAACCUUCGCCAACCACGAACGCUCUGAUAGCGAGCAGCUGUGCGAACUCCAGCAUCAACAGCACCACCACGACCUCGAUCGUUACCGGAAUGUCGCUGGGACACUGCAGUCCAGCGAUCGCGCUCAGCCAGCAGCCUCACAUCAGCAGUCAAAGCACCAGUCUGGAGCAGAUGGACUUCAACGAUAUGGUUCCGAGUGAUCUCAACGACAUCACGUUCGACGGCAUCGAGACGGCUUCCUCGUCCAGUGGUUCCCAUCUGGAGUUUCCCUGCUCGACGGCGGACGUUUCGGUGCUGCUGGGCAUCAGCACGCCGUACGAUUUGAACUAAGCAGCAGGAACUAAGCGGCGAGCGCGGGAGCUACAUUUUGAACAUCGAUAAAAACCAAAAAAUUAAGUGCUUUAUUGUGCGCGAGCGAGAGAGAGAGAGACAGCAUGCUAGGGACGGGAAUGUUUGUAUAUUCGAAACCGAGUGUAAAAAAGUGUAGGCGAGAGAGAGAGAAAGAGAGCAGUGAAAUGAAAAACAAAUUAAAAAGUGUUGUGAUGAGCAAACAAAGCGAGAGGAGGAAAAGUUUUUUAAGGUAGAAAGUUAGUUUUUUUUGGCGCUGGGCAGAACAAGGCUGGCUGGCAGGAGCAGCAGCAGCAGCAGCAAAAAUACAGAUGCGGUUUUUAAUUAAUUGAGAAAUUAAGGGCGCGUAGGAAGGUGAACGGAUCACCCGAGCAAAAAUUGAGCGCGCAGCGAAAAAAAAGGUUGUCAAUAAUUAGUAGGGAAAAGGCGGUCAGGAUCGGACCUCGGAUGAUGGGGGAAAAAAGAACAGCACUGGGAGCGUACGGCGAAAGUUUGGAAUGGGAAGCCAACAAAAGUUUUGAUGAAAGAAGCAAAAAAAAAAUGAAACGGAAAUUGGAAUUGGAAAUAUUCUGCUCCCGCAGGCGUCCGGUGUUUGCGCCGAUGAAGUUGGUGUUGCCGGCUGAUGCUGUGCGAAAAAAAAAAACAGAAAGAUUGAGCGCUCCGAAAAGUUUUGUAAGUCACCACUUUCCAGCUUUUUAAUUGAUGACUGCAAUAAGAUUGGUUCGGUUGUUCGGCCUUGUUCCCUUCGCCUGGCGGGGAAAAGUUUUUUUUUUGCAUCCAACUGGCUGGCCACACGGCCUCUGCAGUGGGUUGCGUGGGCGGGGUGCACUAAAAUGAGUUGAUGGGAAAUGUUUUGCGGUAUUUUCCAUUAAGUCAUUAUUGCUGCUGGCCGUCGUCUGACAGCUGGGAUGGUUCUCUUCCGUUUUGCGCCAGUGUGAUCCAUCUCCCACCGACUGGUGCUGGUGGUGGAAACUUUAUCCACUGGAGGAAAGUUGAGCUCUAGUGUCGCAUUUUGUCGCAUUGCCCAAUAUUAGAUGAUAUUUUUUUUGAAGGCAUGUCAGAUUUGGUGUCUGCCAGAGGCCAGCAGUGAUUGGGCGUAGUUUGAGGACAGCUUAGAGUGCGGGUUAGAGUGAACUGAAUAAAAUGAUCCCCAUCAGGCCAUCAUUGAGUCGAUUCCUAGUCCAGCCAGGAGUAUCUGCACCAUAUCGGACAAGUCUAGCUACCGGAUCAACGUGUUCCAAGUUUGAAUGUCAUUUUUCGAUAAUUUACAUGAAGAAAGACAACUAACUUGCAUUUUCACCGCUAGGUUGCACUGUAUGCUUCACUGAAAGUUAAAAUUAAAAAGAUAAUGUUAUUGCAUACAACUUUGUCGAAGACUGCAAAUCAAUCCAACUUCCUUAAGAGAAUUCAAUAAACUUUUAAUGAAUUGAUGUCUGAGUCAGUUUUGCAAGGGGCCUAACAGCAACAAUAAGUGGUGG